CGCGUUACCUGUUCGCUCAUCUUAGCGAUCUGGGUAUAAUAUAUUCAAGAAAAAAAAGGGGUAUGUGGGUUAAAAUAUCAUCUAUAUUCCAUAGAUAUAUCUGCAUAUGCGGCAUUGGCAUUCCUGUCGUCAAAACGAUUGUUUUCGUCCAGCAAACCGUUUCUCGUUCUCCCAUUUCCAUUCUCCCGGUCGGCCCAUCAUUUGGUUCCCUUUAUUUCCUACGGAGUAUAUUCUCUAUUUCAUUGUCUCCUUCAAGCACACCCCUACAAGGCGCCUCGGCCAUUAGUUUCGGCUGCCCCAAUGGAAAGGUCAUCACGAGACCAAAUAAAUAAGAGUUUUGCGACAUGUAUCAAGUUUUGAUUGACCACCCCCGAGGUCGCAAAUCACUUAUAACAAAACAAAGUACCUGCAUUAGGCUUCGAGCAACAAUUGUGUCUGUUCUGAUUCGCCCGCCGAUCCCUUCAACGGGUUGCCGUGAGCGGGUGCCGGCGAUAUCCGCGAACCCCGCAAGCGACCCUCCCGUUGCCCCCCCUUUUGAUGACAACUCAUGAUAGAUAGCAAGCAACCUAACAU